UGAACCACUGAAGAAACACUCGGGAUCAAGAAUGAAGCUUUCCGUUGGUACCGUCCUCAUCACUGUUGCACUUUUGUCCGAGUGCUACUUCAGAACUGCUGCCAUCCCCAUGACCAAAGCUGAAGACACAGAGCCAGAUCUGCAAGGCUUGAGCGAGAGCUUGGAGGAGAACUCUCUGAGAUCCGCACCAGGCAACUCCAGAAUCAUCGUGGUGGCCGACUCCAAUCUGCUGAGGACCCUAACAUCUCUGAACAGAGGACUCCCUCAUCUCAGUCUCCCCGAGAGCCUUCUCAGCACAGAGCGCAGAGAUGUCGGAACAGACCUGAGCCCGAGCAUCGCCAUCAUCAAAAGGGACACCAUGAGGUGCAUGGUGGGAAGAGUGUAUCGGCCAUGCUGGGAGGUGUAG